ACUUUAAAAUUUGCCAUAGACUUGAGAAUUUUAAAAAUUUAUAAAAGUAUAUAAAAUGAAGAGUUUGUGUUCUUCUGAUUCUUUAAAGGUGCCUCCAGAGGUCACCAUUUCGAUCAAAUCACGUCGUGUCACCGUCAAGGGCAAACACGGCGAAAUCACUCGCGAUUUCAGCCACCUGCCCAUCGACUUGCACAUGUCCAAGGACGGGAAAUCGGUCGUCAUUAAAAUCUGGUUCGCCUCAAGGACCAGAAUCGCCGCCAUUCGCACCUGCCUCACUCAUAUCAGCAAUAUGAUUACCGGCGUCACCAAGAAAUACCAAUACAAGAUGCGUUUGGUUCAUGCCCAUUUCCCCAUCAACUCCAACGUCAGCGACGAUGGCAAGGUUGUCGAGAUCCGCAACUUUUUGGGUGAAAAGCGCGUGAGGGUUGUCAAGGUUCUUCCAGGCGUACUCGUCAAAAAGUCCGACGCUGUCAAGGACGAGUUGGUCCUCACUGGUGUAGACGUUGAGUCUGUGUCUCGUUCAGCCGCCCUCAUUCACCAAUCUUCCAUCGUCAGGAAGAAGGAUAUUAGACAAUUCCUCGACGGUAUCUAUGUCAGCGAAAAGGGUGUCGUUGAUGAAUCUUAACUUCUAAAAUG